UUGUAUUACUUUUUUUUUUUUUUAAAUGAUAAAGUAUGACUUUAACUCGUCACUCGCUGAGUUCCAACGUUACUGUGGUUUCAAUCCAAACCGACCGGGUUUCAUUCCAGAGUCCCGCAGUCACGUGGCACCAAAAAUACCUGAGCUCAACACCGGUUUAACUUCCACAGACAGUUCGUCACGGACGAAGGACUUCAUCAGCAGAGGUACCGACAGAUCAGCCGGCGGCGUCUUGACAAAUGUGUAUUAGAAGAAGAAAGAUCCAGAAGAUCCAAAGAGUUUAGACCAAGCACAUCAUCUUGACAUCCAUAGCCACCCUGCUUUCUUCAGCCCAACCAUGAGGGAUCGAUUGUCCAACUUGAAACAACUGUCCAACGGCCAUGUUGAGCCGAUGGAAUAUAAGGAGGCCAUCGUCUCAGACUCCUUCAGCAAUGUUGAUUUAGAGGAGGAGUUGCCCCACGAGGCGGUCGUUUUUGACAACAGUCCUGCUCUGGCCGGGGUCUUUGCUCAGUCGCAAGACAUCCAAAAAGACAUCCAGCUAAUCCGCCUGGAGGUGAGACGGCUUCGCGAGCAAAACUCUCGCAUUCUCCAGUGCACCACCACCACGAGUACAAUCAAAAGGGAUUCCAACGCCAUUGGGGCAGACAUAAAAGCUAAGGCUGAGAAGGUGCUAGCAAACCUGCGAGACAUGGACGAGACUGCACACAAGCUAGAAGAACAGCAUGGUUCCAAUUCUGCCAUCACUCGUAUAGCCAGAACACAGUACGCCUGCCUUAGCAACGGAUUCCGUGAUGUUAUGUUCGACUAUAAUGAGGCAGAGAUGAGCCAUCGGGAGAACUGCAAAGCUCAGAUUCAGAGGCAGAUGGAGAUAGUUGGACGUGAGGUGACUGGUGAGGAGGUGGAAGAGAUGAUUGAGACCGGGCAGUGGAACGUCUUCAAUGACAGCAUUUUGACUGAAGGUAAAACAGCAAGGUCAGCUCUGAACCAGAUUGAGAAGCGUCACCAAGAGUUAAUGGACUUGGAGUCUCGCAUCAAGGGCAUCCAUGAAAUUUUCCUGGACAUUGCCCUGCUGGUGGAGGAGCAGGGACCCAUGAUGACCUCCAUCCAAACCAAUGUUCAGAAAACAGAUGGACGCAUACAAGGUGCUAUUGUCGAACUUGAAACAGCCAAACGCUAUGACCGGAACAACCCCUUUAAAAAGAUGUUCUGCAGCUGUUUUCCUUGCGUUGACUAAGAACUGUAAAGCUGAAGUCACCAACCAGUCAUCCAUAUUUUCCAUCCUGCACUAUCAAGCUGGUUAUUGACAAGAUUGGUGCUCCAGUCACUAUCAACACCCAACCAAGAUAAUUGUUAAAAAAAAAUAAAUCAAUUGUUAUUAUGUAUAUCUGAUCUGUCAAUGUUUCUCCAAGUACCAUUAGUUGCGGUUUAUGAUGGUUGUACAACGUGUAUCAACACGGUUUGUAGAACAUAUAUUCAACACAAUAAAUAAAGGCUUGUUACUGAAGAGGGGUGUAAAAGUUUUGAUCUGGUGGUUUCAAAGCUUGAUCUCACUGCUUAAAGUGGCAUUAAUCAGCGUGUGUAAGGGGCUUCUUUUACAAUCAAUCAAUCAAUUUUUUUAUAUAGCGCCAAAUCACAACAAACAGUUGCCCCAAGGCGCUUUAUAUUGUAAGG